CCUUUGCUCCAGCCGCGUCCCCCUUCAGGCCGCCCAGGGCGCCCCGCGGAGAUGGGGGCGCUGCUGGCGCUGUGCCUCUUCCUAGGCUGGCUGCGCUGGUGCCCGGCGGGCGCCCAGCAGUCGGGAGAGUACUGCCACGGCUGGGUGGACGUGCAGGGCAACUACCACGAGGGCUUCCAGUGCCCGGAGGACUUCGACACGCUGGACGCCACCAUCUGCUGCGGUUCCUGCGCGCUGCGCUACUGCUGCGCCGCGGCCGACGCGAGGCUGGAGCAGGGCGGCUGCACCAACGACCGCGGCGAGCUGGAGCACUCGGGCAUCACGGCGCAGCCCGUCUAUGUCCCCUUCCUGAUCGUCGGCUCCAUAUUCAUUGCGUUCAUCAUACUGGGCUCUUUAGUGGCUAUUUAUUGCUGCACCUGCUUGAGACCCAAGGAGCCCUCACAGCAGCCGAUCCGCCUCUCGCUCCGCAGCUACCAGACAGAGACCCUGCCCAUGAUCUUGACUUCCACAAGCCUCAGGACACCUUCCAGGCAGUCCAGCACUGCCACCAGUUCCAGCUCCACAGGAGGCUCUAUCCGCAGGUUCUCCUUUGCCAGGGCCGAGCCAGGCUGCCUGGUGCCGUCACCCCCCCCGCCUUACACCACGGGCCACCCAAUCCACCUGACCCAGCCAUCUGGCUUCCUGGUGUCACCUCAAUACUUUGCUUACCCCCUCCAGCAGGAGCCCCCGCUGCCUGGGAAGAGCUGCCCAGACUUCAGUUCCAGUUGACAGGCCAUGGCCUUGAACCCAUCACGUAGUAAGAUGGCGGACAGGUGGAGCC